AUGACCACGUGGCCUUCUAUUGUGUCGCUUUCGGGACCCUUCAAUCCACCACAGGAACCCUUCAAUCCACCACAGGAACCCUUCAAUCCACCACAGGGACCCUUCAAUCCACCACAGGAACCAUUCAAUCCACCACAGGGACCCUUCAAUCCACCACAGGAACCCUUCAAUCCACCACAGGGACCCUUCAAUCCACCACAGGGACCCUUCAAUCCACCGCAGAACUCUUCAAUCCACCACAAGGGACCCUUCCAAUCCACCACAGGGACCCCUUCCAAUCCUACAGGGACCCUUCAAUCCACCACAGGGAACCUUCAAUCCACCACAGGGACCCUUCAAUCCUACAGGGACCUUUCCAUCCUACAGGGACCCUUCAAUCCACCACCAGAACCCUUCAAUCCUACAGGGACCCUUCAAUCCACCACAGAGGGACCUUUCCAUCCUACAGGGACCCUUCAAUCCACGUCUUCCCCCAGGUGA